UCCACGGGUUACCCAUGUUUUACCCAAUUUUUAUAUACUAAAAUACCUAUGUUACUUAUAUCCUGCGCGACCCGUUUACAACCUGCGCGACCCGUUUACAACCUCUUAACCGGCUAGAUAACCAACUGAUACAGUACCUUGCCAGCUUGCCUUCUUCACGACUAUUAAUUCCCGAUUGAUUGUGUUGAUUGCUAAAUACAGAUUUCUUCUCUUCCAUUAUGGAAACUGCACGUAAUCAGGGAUGCAUUUUAUACUAUGCUUUUGAUUUUUCAAAAUUCAAACAUAAUUUCUUUGCUUGCUGUCAAAGAGUUCUUGUGUGGGUUUGUAGAGUGGUUUUUGACAGUAUUCUUGCUGGCUAUGGAUUCACGUUCGCAGCAGCCGAUGAUUAAUUUGUCGGGCUCAGGUCGGAAGAGGAACAAAGAAAAUCAAUCAGAUGCUUCACUUGCUGGUAUUCGUCAACGAGGUUCUGGAAAUGCUCUGGAUUUGUUCCUACAAAGACGCGCUGAAAGCAUUAAGAGAUCCAGGACCAUCGGCACUUCGUCAGAGUUCGACAAAAACAGCAGAGCCACGAGUCAGGUCCCUCUAUCAACUAUUGAUCAGAGUGCAUCAUAUCAAUGUGAGUUCAAACAUAAUUUUAGACUAUGCUUUUAA